AUGUCGACUACAGAUCCUCCGACAAACUCGACGCCCGACAGAGGUAGUUCGACCGCCCUGCCCGACUCAUUUCCCCCUCAACCUUCUCGCAGGACGACAGCCCAGCAGAUCACCCUCGUCGAUCGCACAAAUCCCGACAACCCUGAAAUCCAGAACCCCGGGGAGGUGCAAGAUCAAGACGACACACCUCCCGAGUCUGGCUCCUUGUCUAGGAGAUGGACCAAACAAUCUUUGACGGGUCAUGCACAUUCCCUCCAGGGCUCGGUACAGAACCGCAUGACCUCGCGCAAAUACCGUCACUACCGGGAAGGAAGAUUCAUAGGUCCUGAUGACCCAGACAACCCCGGAUCCGGCGAUGAGCUCUCGGGCACAGUCACUCCUGGCAAGGUCGCAAGAGGAAAGAACAAAGUCCGAGGUCUACUAGGCGCAAGGAAACAAAUGAAGCUUGCUCUCGAAGAAGAUGCUGUCAUCGAUGUCCUCUACGAAAAUCAACGAGGCUGGUGGUUCUUUGGCGUUCCUCACUUUUCUGGGAAAACGCUUCUCAACUUCGACCCCAAGCCCUGGCUGAAUGGUAAUAAGAAGCCAAGUCCGGUUAACAUCACAAAUGCCCAAGUUCCAGAUCCUAGCUGGGAAUGGUCCUGGAAGUCUUGGUACGUCGAUAUGUCUCGCGAUGUCGAUGAAGAGGGUUGGGAAUACUCGUUCUGGUUCAGCGACGGCACAGCAUGGCAUGGCACACAUCCUUGGGGCUACUCUUGGGUGAGACGAAGGAGAUGGCUACGAAAGCGUGUGCGGAAACAACCGCCAAAGCCUUCUCAGCAAGGUCAUACUUUUAACUCUGAGUAUUUCACCAUACAUCCUCCCAAGGCACCCAGCAGAUCUAGCAGUUUCGUCUUCAGCAGCGAAGCAAGGCAAAACUUGGCAAAGGCAGAGCACUAUCUGGAAGAUCCCGAGGACGUACGAGAUAUUGGCUCUCUGCUCAACAGUUUGAAGAGAGCAGCCAUUGAUCGUGAGAAGAUUGUGCUUGUCCGCCACUUCAUCGACAAUGGUGGUGAAGAUCUUCAUUAUCUAGGCGAACAGAUGGAAACAAUCAUGUCUCUAUGCAUAUUCCAGAAUUCUCGUCGAUAUAUUCUGACAAUGCUCUCCGAGAAGCUCACCGCAGCCGAGAAGCUACGGGAUGAACACACUGCACACAACGAAGAGAUAUCCGCUCAGGAACAGCAAAGGAUCACGAAUCUGGAAAACGCAAUCGCCGCCGCAGACGAACAAGUCAAACGCUUGGAAUAUUGGAGCGAUAUUCGUGAUAUGGCUCGGUCAGGUACGACAUCCUUUGCUACCGACGCAGAGGUUUGGGGUUAUGCCAAAUGGCGAGGCUUGGAUGCUUCAGGGCCAGAAGCCGAUGAUCAAAGUACAGCAAAGGAGAAAGGAAAAAGCUGGAAAGAGGUCAAGAAAGAGGUUAAGGGCCAAUUGAAACCCAAGGAUAAUGUGGUCAAUGGGCAUGAGAACAAGGGCCAGCCGAAGAAAGAGGUUAAGAUCGAAGUUGAGUGA